AGGGAGGGUUGACUACGUGGUCUGCCAGAACUAACGCAGGUUGCUCGAUUUGCUUUUGGAUGAUUCCCAAAUUGUUUUUUGCAUUGUUUGGACAGUUGACCAGAGGUUGAUUUUACAGGUAAAAGUGGAGAGCACACAUUAAAUGUGCGGUGUAGUGGAGAGCAGUCAGCAGAUGCUGCUGUAUGAAAUCAAUCCUCAGAGUUGGACUAACACACUGCUAAAUCUGUGCUGUCCAUGAAACGUGAAUAAUCCUCUGCUUUCCAGUAGGGAAGAUAUGGAAUCUUCAAGAUUGUCAGUCAAGGACACUCUGAGGAAAACACUGGACAACCUCGAGAAGGAUGAUUUCAAGCGGUUCAAGAUCUGUAUGAGAGACACAGGCAAAAUCCCCUGGUCAAAGCUUGAGAACGCAGAGCAGUUUGAAAUGGUAGAAUUAAUCGUGGAAACACACACAGAAGAUAAUUCUGGAGAGGUAGUUGUUAAUAUCUUACAGAAGAUGAGCCUUAAUCAGAGAGCUGAGGUGUUGAAGAAGGCACUAAAUGAAGAGACUACUGAGCAUGCCAACACAGAAACGUCCAAAUCUAUAAAACAGGCGAAGAAACCAACUGCAGAGACUACUGUAUCUUCCAGCACAGAGUCUGAGGUGCUCUGCCGUCUGCACGGUGAGAAACUCAAGCUCUUCUGUCUGGAGGACAAAGAGACAGUGUGUUGGGUGUGCAGAGACUCAAAUCUACACAUAAACCACACCUUCAGACCCAUCGAUGAAGUUGCAACAAAAAAGAAGGAGGGAUUGAAGAGUAAAUUAGAGCCCUUACAGGAGAAGCUGAAGGUCUUUGAGCAGGCAAAAGUCAACUGUGAUGAAACAGCUGAAAAGAUUCAGACCCAGGUCUAUAACACAGAGAAGCAGAUCAAGGAGGAGUUUGAGAAGCUUCACCAGUUUCUACGAGAUAUAGAGGCAGCCAAGAUAGCUGCACUGAGGGAGGAAGAAGAUCAGAAGAACCAGAUGAUGAAGGAGAAGAUUGAGAAGAUGUGCAGAGAGAUCUCAUCUCUUUCAGACAAAAUCAGAGCCAUAGAUGACGAAAUGAAAACUGAUGAUGUCACAUUUUUACAGAAUUACAAGAGCACAGUGGAGAGAGCCCAGUGCACACUGCAGAAUCCAGAGAGGCAUUCAGGAGCUCUGAUCAAUGUGGCAAAGCACCUGGGCAACCUGAAGUUAUUCUGGGAGAAGAUGCAUGAGAUUGCUCGAUACACUCCUGUCACUCUGGAUCCCACAACUGCACACCCACGACUCCUCCUGUCUGAGGACCUGACCAGUGUGAGAUGGGGUGAAGAGGAACAGCAGCUUCCUGAUAAUCCAGAGAGAUUUGAUUAUUGGCAGUGUGUUCUCGGCUCUGAGGGCUUUGACUCAGGGACACACUGCUGGGAUGUGGAGGUUGGGGAGAGCACACAUUGGGCUGUGGGUGUGAUGACAGAGUCCGCCCAGAGGAAGGGAGACUUCCUCUCCAAGAGUGGCCGAUGGAUUGUGUAUUAUAGGAAUGGUAAAUACAGAGCAUCUGCUAUUCCCCAGCCUAAAGCUUUUCUCACAGUGAAGCAGCAACUCCAGAGGGUGAGAGUGCAGCUGGACUGGGACAGAGGGAAGCUGUCAUUCUCUGACCUUGAUAAUAACACACACCUACACACCUUCAGGCACCCUUUUGCUGAGAAGGUGUUUCCAUACUUUUUUGUUGGGUGUACACAAUCUCAUAUGAGCAUGCUAGCUGGCAUGGCAGCAGGUUCUACCAGGAUCGCCAUCAAGGAUGCUCUGAGGAGAACACUAGAAGACCUCAGCCACAAGGAGUUCAAGAACUUCAAGAAACUACUGAAUGAAUGUAGCGGAAUCCCCUGGUCAAAGCUGGAGAACGCUGAUGACUUCGAAACUGUAGAUUUCAUAGUGGAGGCACACACAGAGGCUGAUUCUGGGGAGGUGGUUGUUAAAAUCCUUAAGAACAUGAAGCUCAACCAGAAGGCUAAAGACUUGGAGGAGAAAAUAAAUGCAGGCUCUGCAGGAUCGUCCAGCCCAGGGUCUGAGGUUCUCUGCAGUCUGCACAGUGAGAAACUCAAGCUCUUCUGUCUGGAGGAUAAACAGCCUCUUUGUGUGGUGUGCAGAGAUUCAAGUGUACACAGGGAACACAACUGCUGUCCUAUAGAAGAAGGUGCAAGUCGCAUGAAGGAGGGACUGAAGAAUCAACUGGAACCCUUACAGAAGAUAUUGAAGGGCUUUGAAGAAACAAAAGUCACAUGUGAUGAAACAGCACAACACAUUCAGAACUACAAGAGAACAAUGGAAAGAACCCAGAGCACAGCAGGCAUGGAUUGUGACCAAGAAGUGGACGUGGACUUUUCCUCUCAGAAGAAGACUCUCAGACUAGGACUUCUUAACACUUCAAAAGACUUCUUAACACUGAUGGAGGGACCGAUGGCCACGUUCCGGAAAGCCAUCCUGGACCUCUCCAAAACGAACACAUUGCGAGUGCGCCCAUGGUGCACACUGAAAUAUCCAGAGAGGAUUUCAGGUGAUCUGAUCAAUGUGGCAAAGCACCUGGGCAACCUGAAGUUCAGAGUCUGGGAGAAGAUGCAGGAGAUUGUUCAAUACACUCCUGUCACUCUGGAUCCCAACACUGCAAACCCACAUCUCAUCCUGUCUGAAGACCUGACCAGUGUGAGACGCGGUGAUGAGAAACAGCAGCUUCCUGAUAACCCAGAGAGACUUGACUUUGCUGCCAAUGUGCUGGGCUCUGAGGGCUUUAUGUCAGGGAAACACAGCUGGGAUGUGGAGGUUGGGGAGAAUGCACGAUGGCAAGUGGGUGUGUUGGCAGAGUCUGUCCAGAGGAAAGGGGACUUAAACUCAGUGACUGGGUCUUGGUUCGUUUGGAACAAUGAUGGUAAAUAUUCAGCAUGUAUCACACCUGGGUAUCCAACACCUUUCACGGUGAAGCAGAAACUCCAGAAGAUCAGAGUCAAGCUGGACUGGGACAAAGGGAAACUUACAUUCUCAGACCCUGACAAUGACACACAUCUGCACUCCUUGAAAAACACCUUCACCGAGAAAGUGUUUCCGUUCUUUACUGUUGGCAGUAAGCUCUCUCCUCUGAGGAUCUUGCCAGGGAAGGCCCCAGUAAGAGUAGAGCGGCAGAGUUAAGGUCUCAUUGGAAUUUA